CUCGUUAGAGAGAAGAUCGGUAAAAAGACAAAGAAUUAUAAAAAAAUAUCAAAAAGACGUGAAUUUGACGCAUCACUUUAGAACGUUCGUUGUUAGACAAAAUAAAUUUUUUCUAUAUAUAUUUACAUGGGGUUUUCCCAAGAAAAUUAACUGAAAAUAAGCGAAAAACACACAUACAUUAAUUUUUGGCAAAUGAGCCAAGAAAAUUUUAUUUGAAAAUAAAUAAAGAAAAAAUCUUUGUGAAAAAAAGUGAACAAAUUAUAGCAAGAAGUGUGGCUAAAUGACAUUAUACACGCGAUUCGGUGGCUCUAUAAAUUGUGUUAUGAUUGAUUAAUAUUAUUAAAAUAAGAACAAAAAAAAAAAAAAUAAAUAAAUAAUAAAAAUAAAAAAUGUUUAUGUGAAAUUAUUAAAACAUUAAAAAGAUUUAAAAAAAGUUAAAAACAAAAAAAAUAAAACCAUUAAAUUAAAAUGUCUUCCACUUUAAAAAUGAAUACUACUAUGAAUUGUCAAAACCUAAGCAUUCCCACACAAAAAUCAUCAAACUUAAAUAUGUAUCACGAAUUGACACAACCUGCAACGCCGCCAUAUACACCAUUCUCCUCUGCGGUACAUUGCAAUGGACAAGUUGAAAAUUACAACACUACGACAACACUUUCACCACCAAUGCAAACUCCAGUAAAUUGUAAUUUAAUGUCUCCACCAUUGAGUGCAACACCAGUACGCGAACAUUUUCGCGCUUCUCUCUGCAAUUUGAAAUCAUUCAACAGUGGCAGUAAUUAUAAUGAUUUUGCCACAGCCGAUGCUCAUUUUCCAGAUUUUUCACAAUUAACAUUUGCAGCUGUUGAAACACCAAGUUCAAUUUAUGGCGGCAUUGGUAUGGGCAUGAGCUGUGCUGACAACACACCAGUUGAUGGUGAGGAUUUUCUACAUAAACGCCAUCAUUCCAUGUGCUAUUCCGGUGGCGAGGAGGAAGAAUAUACCCAUUUGUCGGAUGAUGAUGUAAAACGUGAAACGAUGCAAAUGCAAGAACAGCCACAACAAGAUGUCUUUCGUUUUGAGCCUGAAGACAUUGCUCGCUUAACCGAAACCAGUCAAUAUGAGGAUAUUAAUGGUCUGCCUGCCAUGCCUCAGACACCGUUUACACCCCAAACACCCUAUACUCCAUAUCCUACCACCUACAUGUCAUUUACACCUUCGACAACACACCAGCCGCCACAACAGCAGCAGCAACAACACCAGAAUGAUUUUGAUAUGUCCUUUAACAGCCAACAAAUGGUGUCAGCAGCAGCUAUGCCAGAAUGUCAAACGUUAAAUGGCAGCAACAAUGAAUGCAUCAAUUUAGAUAUAGAAUAUUAUAAUUAUGAUGAAAUAAAUUGCCAAUCUAAGGAACAGUCACCUUGUUCUUCACCACCCCUGGAUCCUUGGAUGUCUUUGACUUUGUGUGAUUCCCUGCAACAACCACCCCGACAAGAAUCACCCAAAAUAAUCAACACCAGCUAUGCAGGCUUUACACCUCCACAACAGCUUAACUAUGAGCCCAGUAUAAAGCAGGAAAAUUCUUUAAAAACUAAAUUGCCCUCCAUGAUGUCUACCUUUGGUACACCCAAAUAUGAACCCUUAAGUGCCUAUUCUUACACCGAUUAUGGAGAUUAUGGCCAGCAAAGGACUCAUAUUUAUAGUCCUCCCGCUCAAUCAGCGGCCAACAAUCAGUACUCACAAAAUUUAAAUUCAUUUACUGAUGAUUUUGAAAACUGCAACAUGUUGAAUAUGGACAAACCAAAUAGAGAACAUAAAAUAAUAUGGACUAUUAAUGAGUUGGACGAAAUUAAUGAAGAAAUCAUGAGUGAAUUUUGCAAACAACCCACACAAAAUCAAACUGGCUAUGAUAAUCACAAUUACUACUGCAGCAAUGACAAUUCCACCAAUACCGAUGAGGAUGAAGAAAAUAAUUUAGAGCUUUUAGAAGAAGUUGAUACAUUUCCGGAAGAUUUGGAAUCUGAAGGUGUUGAAGAGGACAAUGAUGAAGUUUUCAUUGUAGAAAAGACCAAAGCUACUAAGCAGCGUAGAAAACGUUGCACCUCACAGACAUCAAAUGCCUCAUCUACAGCUACAGUUCAAUCUGUGGUCGAACAGUUACCACCAGAGCCCAUGAUUUGUCGCUGGACCGACUGUAAUGAAAUUUUUCCCAAUCAAGUGGAAUUUGUGGCUCAUAUCGAAAAGAGACACGUUGAUGUUAAAAGAGGUGAAGAUUUUUCUUGCUUCUGGCAUGAAUGUCCUAGACGUUAUAAACCCUUUAAUGCUCGCUAUAAAUUGUUAAUACAUAUGAGAGUUCAUAGUGGCGAAAAGCCAAAUAAGUGUCCGUUUCCUAGUUGCAAUAAGGCAUUUUCGCGUUUGGAAAACUUAAAAAUCCAUCAACGUUCACAUACUGGUGAACGUCCCUAUGGCUGUCAAUACAAAGGCUGUCUAAAAGCAUUCAGCAAUAGUUCGGAUCGUGCUAAACAUCAAAGGACCCACUAUGAUACGAAACCCUAUGCCUGUCAAUUGCCCGGCUGCACUAAACGUUACACAGAUCCAUCUAGCUUGCGUAAACAUGUUAAAAAUCAUGCUCUACGCAAUGCAAAUGGUCACUUGGGACGCAGAAAAUCCUCUAGUGCUACCACAACAACUAGCAACAAAAAAUCAAAUGCCAAAACACGCAGACAUUCAGAAUCCUCUGUGUUGCAGGCUAACAAAACUAAAAACAACACUAAUAAUAACAAUAACAUGCAGCCACAAGAAAUUGUCAUGCAAGUGCAACAUGUCAACCACAACAAACCACGUAGUAAUAGUUUCAGUGAAAUAACAUCAAAGUCUAACAUUGCAAUUGUACAUAACAAUUAUGAAAAUAAACAAAAAUUAACAAAUCUAAAUUACAAUACACUAAACAAUAAACAAUUGCAACAACAACAACAACAGCAUCAUAAUAAUCACAAGCAUAUGGUGGCUACAACAGCAACUGAAUCAUUAUCCUCAUCAUCAUUACCAUCCACAGCUAAUCGCAAUUCAAUGAACUUUAAUGAGUUGUCAAAUUGUAUAGUUACCAUUGAGCAGUACAACAGCAGCAGUAACAAAAACAAUCAAAUCGAAAAUAGUUGUAACAAUGAGAUUGACAAGAAUCAUACAGAUCAGAAUACAGCCAAUGUAACCACUGCUUUAGCCACAUAUAAUUUGGGUAACAAUACAACAACAGCGACAAACAAGAGCAGCAGCAUUGAAAAUAUUAAUCAAUUAAAUGAAUUUCAACAAUUGUUACAAGUAAAAUCAUCAUCAACCAAAUGCCAGCAACUAACGAAUGUGACCAAUAUUACUGGCAGUACAUCAGCAACAACAUUAACAUGUGAUGUUUUAAAUUACAGCAGCUGCAGCAGCAACAAUGCAAAAUAUGUAAUGACCAAUACAAUGGCAUCAACUGCAACAAAUGGCGUUACCACAAAUUCGAUUAGCACACAAUGCCACAAUAACAUCAACAAUAUAACCCACACCACCAGCAGCAGUAGCCCAAAUCCAGCUACAAUGAACAAUUGCAGCACUACAAUUGACGAUGGCAAUGACACAAAUGAAUUUGUUUCAUUCGAGUAUGUUAAAAAGUUGCUAUCCGAAACAUUCGAUUAUAUGGAUGAGGAUAAUGAUAGUUGUGAUAAUAAUGUACAAAAUACAAAUUCUAUCGAGUCCAACUCUUCCUCAACACCAUCGCCAUCAUCAUCAUCAUCAGCAACAGCAUGUGUUGAUGUACUUGCUGCUGCUGUGGCUAGUAGUGGUAUUGGUAUCAUUAGUGCGGAUAAACUUAAGCCUACAACAACAGUUGCAGCAACAACAUUAUCAUUGUCAACAGUAGCAACAACAACAACAACAUUAACAGGGCCAACAUUGGUAACAGUAAAUGAAACUGUUACUAAUGUGUCUAAUAAAAAUUUACAUAAUGAAAAUGUUGAACAAGAAUUUGCCAAUAAUUUUGACAUGGAUUAUUUGGAAAGUUUUAUGUAAAAUACAUAUUAAAAAAAAAUUGUAUAUAAUUGGUUUUUAAUUAACUUUUGUUUUUAAAAAAUUACUCUUAAAAUUUAAGUAAUGCAACAAACCUACCAAAGACAUUAACCAAAAUAAUUUCAUUUUAAAUAACCUUGUUUUAACUAGAAUUUAAGUAAACCAAAAACAAAAUCUCUUCCAAAAGAUUCCACCAAAGACAUUGAAAACUUUAUAA